AUGUCGAUUUAAAAAAAGACAACAAAAAUUUCAAGGCAAUAAAGUGAACAAGGAAAAUUUUAAAAUAUGUAUUAUGAAGUUUAAUUACCGUAUUUCAAUCCUUAGUCUAAUUCUAUAUUUGCAACAUCAUUAUUGAAUAAUCCUUCAUUAUUGAAUAUAUAUCAGUAAGCAAUGAGCAGUUAUUUGCAAGGAUAUUAUAAAUAAGCUAUAUUUUUUGCAGAAAAAUUGUUAUGUUUGAAUUAAGAUUCAACAGCAUUAGCAUACUUAGUAUUUUUGCUUGGUAUGGUAAAAUAUUAGUCUAAUAAAAUUAGUGUCAUUUUGCUAAUUAAGAAUACUCAGGAGUAUACAAUCUGUUUUUAAAGCAUAAAAUGACAUAAGGAGAUUUUGCAGUAUUAGGAGCUAGGGCUUUAUAUUCAAAUAGACAAUACGAAAUGGGAAUUGAAAUUCUAUAAGAAGAAAAUAGUUCUUAAAGUGAUUGGGUAAGAGGAUAAUGUUAUGAAGCAUUAGAAAAUAAAUAAUUAGCAGUUUCAAAUUAUUUUGAAUGUUUAUAGAAAACACCAACAAAUGUCAGAGUGUUUUAAUAAUUAGUUGAUUCAUAUUUGAUUUCAUCAGAUGAAAAGGAGAAUUUGGUUUAAUAAAUCUAACUAAAUUCUGAUGAAGCAUGGUUAAAAGAUUACUAUAUAAGCAAAACAAUAAAUUAUGAUAUUGUAAAUUCAAAAAUAGCUGAUCAUUUGCAAGAAGAAAAAAGAAAAAUUGUUUAAUAGUUAUAAAUAGUUGAUAAGGUUGAAAUUCAACAAUUGAAGCCAUCCCCAAUAAGAAGCCCAUAUAUUAGAAAAGAAGAAAUACCAAUUUAAAAUGACUUAAUUUAUGUAGCUUUGGAGAAGAAAAAUAACAUAGAUAUAUUAAAUGUUAAAGCAAAAAAAGCAUAUUAUAAUUACGAUAUAGCUUCUGCUUAUGAUUGGUCAUUGAAGGCGAUAAAAUAGGAUCCAUUAUAUUUUGAAGUAAUACCUACUUAUGUUUCUUGUUUAUUAGAAUUAGAAUAGAUAGCUGAACUCUAUUAUUGUGCUCAUAAUUUAAUUGAGAAUUAUGCUUAAAAUGCAUUAAGUUGGUUUGUUGUUGGAGUUUAUUAUUUUUCAACAAAGAAAUAUGAGGUAGCAAGGAAACAAUUCUAAAAAUCUAUUUAGUUAGAUUAACAUUUAAUAUAUAGUUGGAUUGGGUUAGCACACUCUUAUGCAAUAUAGGAUGAAUCUGAUUAAGCUAUGUCAAUUUAUAGGUCAAUAACUAGAUAAUUCCCUGGUUGUUAUUAAGCCCAUGUCUAUAUUGGUAUGGAAUAUUUAAGAACUAAUAAUUUAUAAACUGCUAUCUUAUCAUUAUAAUAAGCUAAAGAUAUUAAUCCAACCGAUCCGAUGAUUUAAAAUGAAUUAGGAGUUAUAGCUUACAAAUAGAAAAAAUAUAACGAAGCCAAAGAUGUAAAUUUUAUUAAAUUUUAUUAUUAUAGUAUUUUUUAAAUGCAUUAGUGUUUUGUUAAAAUUCUAACCAUAAAAUUAGAGAAUCUACCUUAUAAAAUCUUGGACAUACUUUUAGAAAGUAGAAAGAUUAUAAAAACGCUAUUUAGAUCUUUGAAAAAUGCAUACAAGUAAAGAUUUUUUAUAUAUCAAGAUAAAUUCUGUCUCUCCAUAGAUAUUUUUUGGUUUGGCAUUUUCUUAUCAUUUAAGUGAAUUGCCAAAUUGUUUAAGUAAAGCUAUUCACUAUUAUCAUAAAUCGCUCUCAUUAAAAUCCGAUUAAACUUUUGUUUAGGAUAUGCUAAGCAGAGCAUUAUAAGAAGCUGCUGAUAUGGGAUUAUCAGAAUAUAUAAAUUGA